AAUAAGACCGACUACCCGAAAUGAGCUGCCAUGCCUCGCUACCUGACUCCUGCUCGUGUCGGUCUCCUCUUCUUGAUUGAGCUGUACUUCGAAAGUGACCGGCAGGACGGCCUCGACCACCAUGCCGCCGCGGGCAUACUGGAGUUUAUCGCCAAGCAUACCAUUCUGACUGUCGACAACGAUGCGCAACUCAUCGACGAGAAGAACGCCAUCUGCACACUCGACAUCUCUUCAUUUCGGCCGCAUCUCCAGCCCUUCGAUGCGACUUACGUCUCUCACCAUUGGAACCUCACUCGCCGUGGCACUGCAUGGGACGCAUUCCUUGCUACCUGUUUUGAACAUGGCAGCAAGGGUCAGCAAGACCUGCACGACUUGAUCACCAGACUGAGGACCACUCGUGUACGGACACCUGGAUCGAAAAUCAGAUUGAGCAAACCGGUAACAUUCGCCAGACCCGUCACACCAGGCAGUCCUCUCGGCCAGUUCAUCCGCAGAUGCUACAUUGAAUUCACGCGUCUCCAGUUUGGGGAUCUGCAAGCACUGUGGAAGUCGUUCGAAGUCUGGCGAGCAUCCGGCUGGGAGCAAUUGGUAAAGUUCUGUCCAGUGCUCACUCAGGAGAUACUGCAUCACCAGCAGGAGCGAAACAGCAACGAAGAAACGCACGCUUCAUUCUGUCAACGCACAGACUUUGCCACGGAUGCGCACAAUAGUGCGGCAGCGGUGGACACGGAUAUGCUACUGACACAUGCCAUUCGUCAACUACAACAGCUCGGAACAAGAGUCCCUGAAAAUGUCAAGACUAAGCUCGCGAGUUGGGUCGACGAGCUUUCCGCAUCGAGCGCGGGCACGCAAAGUAUGCACUUCUUCAUGGCUUUCUUUGAGCACAGUAAAGCUGGACAGUAUACCAUGGCUUUGGAGAGCCUGCAUCGCUAUUUCGACUACAGUCUCGCGGCGAGAAACAGUGGCGGCGCUGGGGACAACGUGAACCUCCGAAUCUAUUACCAGUACGCACUAUUACAUCUGAGUGUGCUACACGCAGACUUCGAGUGUUGGGAAGAGAGUGUUGAUGCCAUGAAUGAAUGCAUUGCAACGGCUCGAGAAAAUCAAGACACAGCGUGUCUGAAUUUUGCGCUAUCGUGGCUGCUCUAUCUUCGACACGCACAUCCAGGAAAGGGUACAGCAGCAUAUGCCUCCAUCUCUGGCGUUGUCGGAGGAGGCGAACAGGAUGAAAUUGCUUUCUUAAAGACCAAGGCCCGAGAGAGCAAGAAUUGGUUACUGAUGAGCAGUACACUUCUCGAAGAAGGCCGACAAGAACUCUUCUGCGGAGGCAAUGCCAAUCGUGCGCAAGAGCAUGUUCUCCAGGCGAGGUAUCUGAGCAUGCAGCAUGAUCUGAGGACCAUGGCUCCAGCUACUCAGUUAUUCUAUGGCUCCUGCAUGGAGCGUUUAGGUCAAGCACAUCUCGCGAACAGACAAUAUGAGAUUGCCAACACAGUGCAUGCUGCGCAUUGUCCUGUCAAUGACCGUGUCCGCGCAACUUGCCGUUCAGCACUGGCACUGGCUUAUCAAGGGUCCUACACAAAGGCGCUCUCUUUACUAGAUGAGUUGACACCUACUGUGAGAAGUAUUCUCAAGUCGUAUACACGCGUGCAAGUCUUUUCUGCACUGAUACACCUUCGUCGAUCAAUACAUCGAGGCACUCACGAGGCCUCGUCUUACUAUAUUAACCAGGUGCUUCCCCUGCUUUCAGCCGCCGAUCCGGAACUCUCACACGAGUUCUACGCCCUUCAAGUCGAGCAUUGCAUUGCUCAGAAUGACUACCCGACAGCAAUGGAGAAGGUCAACAUACACCUUAAUACUACUGGAUCCCUGGGCACCACGGCCGAUCUAGCGCAACGUCUCUAUUGGCUCAUACAAAAGGCCCGAAUCUUCGCCGAAGCAGGUCGAGCUGCCAAAGGAUUCAGCUUAUGUCUCCGUGCUACAUUUACGGCUGAGCGACAUCUCCUCGUUCCCAUCAUGCUGGAGGGACUGGCUGUCUUGGGGCGGGUCCUGAUCGAAGUCGGCGAAUUUGAAGCCGCGCAAGAAAUGUACCAGUCGGCUCUUCCUGUUGCGCUGGGCGGUGGUAAUGCCAGACUGGUCGCGAGAAUGUGGGUCGGUAUGGGCGAGAGCUGCGUAGGACUUGCCGGCAAGAUGCAGCAGCGGGAGGACGAUGGUGAUGCGUCUAGCAUGGCGGGGGAGCAGACACGACUGAUGCGAAGGGCAGAAGAUAGCAUCGAACGGGGAAGGGUGGUCUUUGAGAAGCUCGAGGACGUGGAAGGUCAAAUGGUUUGCUUGACGAUGAAGUCUCGGAUUUUGCAGUGGAGUGGGGAUGAAGGCGCCAUGAGACAGGCAGAAGAGAUGUUUGCGGAUCUCGUGAUGAUGAAAAGACAGCAGAUCGAUGAGUGAGACCACGGAACACGCACAUGCAAUUGCAUGGCCUCGCGCCUCAGUGCGGCAACCUCACCAUUAGCGUUCCGUGUCCAAUUGUGUCCAUUCGGUACGG